AUGGCUCUUUCUGUUGAUGAAAAGUAUGAGUUAAUCACUCGAAACUUACAAGAGGUUAUUGGCGGAGAUGCAAUCCGCGAAAUUCUGAAGGAACGCGAUCUUAGUCUAUAUUUUGGUACUGCCCCUACUGGUCGUCCUCAUUGUGGUUACUUCGUACCUUUGAUGAAGCUUGCUGACUUUCUACGUGCCGGUGUUCACGUGAAAGUGCUUUUGGCAGAUGUUCAUGCAUUUUUGGAUAACAUGAAAGCACCAAUGGAGCUUGUUCAACAUCGUGUACGCUACUACGAAUUAGUGGUAAAGGCCAUUUUGAAGUCUGUGAAUGUUCCCAUUGAAAAACUUGAGUUCAUUGUCGGAUCUAGUUUCCAGUUGAAAGAAGAUUAUGCUUUGGAUAAUUUCCGUGCUUGCGCUGUUACUACAGAACACGAUGCUAUGCGUGCUGGUGCAGAGGUUGUCAAGCAAGUUGCGAGUCCUUUACUCUCUAGUUUGAUGUACCCCGGUAUGCAAGCACUCGAUGAACAAUACUUGAACGUUGAUGUGCAAUUCGGUGGUAUCGAUCAACGUAAGAUUUUCGUUUUAGCUGAAAAGCUUCUGCCUAUGAUGGGUUACAAGAAGCGCUCACAUCUUAUGAGUCCUAUGGUUCCCAGUAUGACAGGCGGUAAAAUGUCUGCUUCUGCGGGUGCUAAUGCUAAAAUUGAUUUGUUGGACGAGCCUAAUGUCGUAAAGAAGAAGGUUCGUAGCGCUUUUUGUGAGCCUGGUGUCGUCGAAGAUAACGGCUGUCUUGCAUUUUUAAAGCAUGUUUCUUUCCCUUCUAUGAAGAUGCGCGGUGAAAAGGAAUUUAUCAUUGACCGUCCCGAAAAGUAUGGUGGAAAGAUUGUGUUUACAAGUUAUGAGGAGUUGGAGAAGGCUUAUGUGGAACAGACUUUGGCCCCUCAAGAUUUGAAGGAUGGGUUACAAGCAUCCAUCAAUAACUUGCUCGCCUCCGUUCAAGCUGAGUUGAAGGCUUAUGCCGAUAUGGAAGGACUUGUAAAAUUGGCUUAUCCUGAUCCUAAAGAUGCAAAGAAGGCUAAGAAAGACAAGAAGGACAAAAAGAAGAAUGCUAAGAAGGACAAUGUAGAAAAGAAGCCUGAGGCCGAACAAGCCGAUUCCCCUGCGGCCGCCGCUCCUGAAUCUACACAAGAGAAGCCUGUUGAAGAAGCAAAGCAAGCAUAA